UGCGAUAAAGCAACAGUGAUGUGAUUUUUUGAGGAUGCUCAACAAACCAAUGUCUGAUGCAUAGCUUCUCGUCGCUAAGGACGCGAGCCAGCUAUGGGAAUGCGCACGCAAAAUGACAACACGAACGCCCCUAGACGUGUUGUGUUACCACAAAGGCAUGGGCUAGUAGACGGGCAUAUAAUCUGCAGAGGCCUGCUCGUCGGAACCAGCACGCUCGUUCUAUUUCGUCUUACUCAACAUGAAGUGGACUUCUUCUCUAACGUUCAGUGCUGCCGUCUUGGUCACCCUCUCAACAGCGCAGGAUACUACGAUCAACGACCGCCAGCCCACAGUGAGUGCACCGCAUGAAAACCCGUGGAAGACCCUUUCCGAGGAGGAAGCUGCUAGUGUCAAUGAACUUCUCCAAAAGCGAAUGAGCUUGACUGGCAACCAAGGAUCUAGCCGUGAUAGCUACGUAGUACAGCUCGCGCUUCUUCAACCCAACAAGACGGAUACCCUUCCCUUUCUUGAAGGCAAUGCUACGGCUCCAAAGCGCUAUGCGCGAGCUACUGUUCAAAGUGGUACCACCAACUCGACAGACAAGCACUGGCAAGAGUACAUGGUGGGACCAUUGCCAGCCACGAAUGCGACUGCGGUCGAGCCGUUGACUUUCCCGUUUCAAAACUCCCAACCAGGCCGAACACCAAUGCAUCCCAUGUAUUCACCCAACGAUGCGACGAGUUUCUUUACGAGGUUUGCGAAAGAGACUGAGGAUAUCUCGAUGCAAUUGUACAACACCACUUUCUUUACUGGCAGCAUUGGUCUUAGGUUUGGAAGCCUCUUCCGGGAUGAAGAGGGCCGAACCACCGUCUGGGCAGGAGCAUUUGCGGACCCUGGUACCAAUCUCAGCAGUGUUACCGUCGAGCCACUCGGAUUCGCUGUGAAAUUUGACGUGACCGGACCAAACUCGGAUACCUGGAAAGACGUCGGGUGGUACUCGUAUGGCAAGUUUUACGCCAGCACAGAAGAGUACCGUGCCGCAAUCAACGCUCCCGAUUAUGAGAUGCCACCGCCAAACGUACGAGGAAACUGGACGUCUACCGACAGGCAGGGAACGCCCAUGCCGUUGGACAACCUACCACCGCCGGCUUCUGUCGCCCAGGGCGACCAGCGGUUCAAGAUUGACACGGAAGAGGGAUACAUAUCAUGGAUGGACUUCACUCUCUACCAUGCCGUCUCUCAGGACCUCGGCCUGUCGUUGUUUGACAUCAAAUACAAAGGCAAACGCAUCAUCUACGAGUUGUCCUUGCAGGAAGCUCUGACAUCAUACUCCGGCACCGACCCUUUCCAAUCGCAAGCGACCUUCUACGAUACCGCGAGUGGUAUGGGCUCGACGUUGCAGCCUCUUGUCAAAGGUUACGACUGCCCUAGUCAUGCUACCUACCUACCUGCAACAUGGACAGAAGGCGACACGGUCAAGACACAAGCCGAUGCUAUAUGUUUGUUCGAAUUUGACGCGAGCUACCCGAUCCGUCGACAUUCCUUUUCACCAUCCGCACCACACACUAGCGUAGCAAAGAACAUCCACUUCGUCAUGCGUACGGUAGCCACAGUAGGCAACUACGACUUCCUCAUCGAUUACAGCUUCUUUUACGAUGGCGGUAUCGAAGUCUCUUCACGCUUUUCUGGAUACAUUGCCGCUGCUUACUGGGAGAAUCAGCCCGAGUACGGCUUCCAUAUACACGACUUCCUUUCGGGUAGCUCGCACGACCACACUCUCAAUUUCAAGGUCGAUCUUGACAUCAACGGCAGGAAGAACAGUGUACAGAAGCUAGAGUUUGUGCCGACUUCGACAGCGUAUCCUUGGAGCCAGGGUCGCGUAUACAAUACAUUCAAGGCUGAGCGAUCUUGGGUAGCCGACGAGAGCGAGUCCAUGAUCAAUUGGGCCGAGAAUGAUAACGCGUUGUACGCCAUUGUCAACAGGGACACACCGAACCCGUACGGCGAGUACCCAGGUUACAGAAUCAAAAGAUCUGCCGGCACCAUACACCUUACACAAACGAAUUCGACAUAUACUGGCAAGACAGGUGCCCCUGUGACUCACGACUUCUACGUCACACAGCAAAAGGACACCGAGCCAAGGUCUGCGGAUGCAUACAACCAGUUCUCCAGGGACGAUCCGCUUGUCAACUUUGGAACUUUCUUUGACGAUGAGAGUCUGGAUCAAGAAGAUUUAGUGCUUUGGUUCAACCUCGGCAUGCAUCAUCUCCCGCACACCGGUGACUUGCCCAAUACCAUGUUCAGCUCUGCUCAUUCGGCCAUGAGGUUCGAACCGUUCAACUACCUUGUAGGCGACCCCUCUGUCUCGAGCAACCAGCAGGUCAGGAUUGAAUACGAUGCCGAAGGUACUGUCCUGAGUGUGGAUGAGUUCGGUAAAAUGGCUGCCAACACUACCUAUACUUGAUUCACUUCUAGGUGGAUGUCUAUAUACUGUUGGGUGCGCAACAUCCCGUCGUUACUGUUUAUAAUUCUCAUUAUUCAAAAGUUCUACUACGAUCUGUUUCUAG